AUGCCAAGUGGUGAGACCAGCGGGUACAAGGCAUUGUUCCAACCUCUCAUUCUGGAACAUCCUGGUUCUGACUUGGACCCCUUGUGCAGUUCUGCCCAAACUUGCAGGUCCACCCUAGAAAAGCCAAGAGACACCUGGGGAAUGAAGGCGCGAUUUGUUCCGUGGCCACCCAGAGGCUCUGGGGCAUCCAUCCAACACCCCAUAAAUCCUCCCAGUGCACCGGCAUUCUGCCAGGGUCCAGGUGUUCAGCCAGGAGCGGCUUCUGCCCUCCAAAAGCUGAAACACAGAAUAUGCCAAAGGGAGGCCGAGCAGAAAUAUUUGGAAACAGACCAUUCUCCUGACAUCACUGCUUCCCAAAUAAAUCUGGGAAGAUCCUCCUCCCCUCCAAUUCUCGUGAUGGUUGGAUGCAGUUGUCAGAAAGUUAUUCACACCCCAUACCUCAAUUUCCCAGAGUAUGCCCCAGAAUGGUGGCAGAGGCCUCAAGAGUUUCUGGGUACAGAGCCCAGCAGCACAGGGGGCUGACUUUCAAGUCCACUGGAAUUCACUAGCGGCUGCUGAGUGAGCUCCCUCUCUAUGGUAUUCUCAGACAGACACCUGCACACGUGGAGCAAUGGCUACAGCAUUGAGAGCAGGAAGCAUGCACCUCCUGGUCCCCGAUCCUACUGA